UGGCCCAGGGAUCUGCCUAGCCUCGGAGUUCUGACUGGCUGUAUUCUAGCGUGUGUUCCCCACAGCAACAUGCUGCAGCAGAUCCUGCAAGACAUGUACAUCGACCCAGAGCUUCUGGCUGAGCUCAGCGAUGUGCAAAAGCACAUCCUCUUCUAUAAGAUGCGAGAGGAGCAGCUUCGGCGUUGGAGGGAACGGGAGGUGUGGGAGACCCUGGCUCAGGCAGAGGGCCUCAGACCGGCAAAGGUCAAGAGAGCGAGCAACAAGCAUAUCCAGUGGCUUCUGGGAGCAGACGGUGAGGUCUGGGUGUGGGUCAUGGGUGAAGGCCCUGGAGACAAGCCCUAUGAAGAGAUAUCUGAGGAACUGAUCGCAGAGAGGGCACGGCUGCAAGCACAGAAAGAGGCUGAAGAGCUCUGGAGACAGAAGGAAGCAGAGAUCACCAAGAAAUUCCGCGAUGCCUUGGCCAAUGAAAAAGCUCGGAUUCUGGCAGAGAAGUGGAAAGUGGAGAUGGAGGACCGCAAGGCUGCUAAAAUCCUGGAGGAACGUAUACAUGAGGAAUUCAAGAGGAAAGAGGAAGAAGAGAGGAGGCGAGGGGAAGAACAAAUUCGACUCCAAGAGGAGCAGAGGGCGAAGGAACUCUAUUGGACCCUGAAGCAGGCCCAGCUGCACUGCCAAGCCAGUGAGAACGAGGAGCGUGAAUGGGAAGAACAGUUGCGGAGAUCCAAGGCAGCUGAUGAGGAGAGGAGCCGUCGUGCUCAGCGAGCCCGGGAUGAGUACCGGCGCCACUCGCUCCGAGCCAUCCAGAAGGGCACUGUUGCUGGCCUAAGCACCAUGUUCCAAGAACUUGGCCAGAACCAUGAGCAGGAGGCAAGACUCUAUCACCAACUUCCUGGCACCAGUCCACUAUCACCCCUCACAGGACCUGACAGGACCUGGGAGCGACCUCUGUGUCCACUCUCCAGAGAAGUCAUCGUGCGCUGGUUCAAGGAAGAACAGCUGCCUCGCCGAGCUGGCUUUGAGAGGAACACCAAGUCUAUCGCCCCCUGGUUUCAUGGAAUUAUUAGCCGAGAGAAUGCAGAAGACCUUCUGGAGAAUAUGACUGAGGGAGCAUUUCUGGUCCGGGUCAGUGAGAAGAUCUGGGGUUAUACCCUGUCCUACCGCCUGCAAAGAGGCUUCAAACACUUCCUUGUGGAUGCCUCUGGGGACUUCUACAGCUUUCUGGGAGUGGACCCUAAUCGCCAUGCCACCCUAACAGAUCUCAUUGAUUUUCACAAGGAGGAAAUCAUCACUGUUUCCGGGGGAGAGUUGCUACAGGAACCCUGUGGACAGAGGGAUAGCCCACCAGACUAUCAUCUGUUGUUUGAAUGAUUUUUUCCCUCCUCUUUGGACUCCUUUGAGUAUCCUGAUUUUGAACUGAGUUUAAGAAUAUCCCAACUCAAAGCCUCAUGGAGUUCUGGAAGAUCCACCAUUCUUCAGAUGAACAAUUGUAUUAGUAAGCCUCCAGAAUGCACCCUAUGAAAUGUGACUGCAUUUGUGAGACUGGUCCCAUUCCCAAGCUCAAGACAGAACCCCAAAUAAUGAUGUUUCUGGAGGCCUGUCUGUCAUGGCUGGGCUAAGCUGAACUCCUAGAGUGAGUGGGUCGUGUUUUAGUAACCCAAAGCAAUUCCAGUGCCGAACCUUCCGCUUAAUAUAGGGCCAGCACUCAAUAAGUGUUUGUUGAGUGAAUGCUCUCCUGAAAACCUCCCAACACUGAUGGUUUCUAGCAAAUUAUUUUGUAUAUCACUUACAGAAGCAGGCUUGUGACUAAUUACAUGGAAGACACACAUGUUAUAUCUUUCCUCGUGUUCAUGGACUUGUUGAUAUCAUCAUGGGCAUUGCCCAAGGUUGUUAGGCUUGGCUUUUCGAACAGGAGAUUGACGUUGUGCUGGCUGCUUUGUUUAAGUACUUCUACCUCUCUCUUCUGUCUCAUCUUACAUGUGACUCUGGUUUUGCAAAUUGAGGUAAUGAUGCCAUGUGAAUAUGCAGGAUAUCUGGAAUGGAUUAUAAACCCAAGGGUGGUGUUUAGAUACUUGAUGUGGCAGGUCUUUGCUCUCUAGAAUGUUCCCUGUGUGCUCUCUACUUAAAGGCUUAGCUAUCUUUUCAUUUUAAUUCUUCCACCUCCUUAAUUUGAACAUGUUCUUUCUAUUAAUGAGAAUAACCUCCCAGUAACUCGGUAACUCUCAAGAAUGGAGUCUAUCUUAGGGUUUUAUUGCUGCAAAGAAACACCAUGAACUCAGCAACUCAUAAAGUAAAACAUUUAAUUGUGUCUGGCUUAUGGUUUCAGAGGUUUAGUCAGUUGUCAUAGUGAUGGGAAGCAUGACAGCUUGCGAGCAGACAUGGUUCGGGGGAAGGAGAUAAGAGUUCUGUAUCUUGAUCUGAAGGCAACUGGGGGAGAGACUGUCUUCUAGUCAGCUAGGGGAAGGAUCUAAAUGCCUCGCCAUGCAGUGAGACACUUCCUUCUAACAAGGCUGUACUUCCUAAUAAUGGACCAAGCAUAUUCAAACUACUUCAGUGUCUAAUUCAAGCAUAAGUGUGUUGUUCCCUUAUGGAGAUAGACAGAGAAAUAGCAGAUGUCACAGCAAGAUUGCAGGUUCCACUCCACACUCUGAAACUUUGUGACAUUAUAACCCUUGUAGCACUGGGUUUGGCAUAUAUAAAAGAAUAGAGGGACUCUGGAAACACCAGGAAACCAUUCUUUCUGCUUUGAGAGUUGUCUCUUAAGGAGAAUAAGGUCUUUAUUCUCCACUCAACCUCUUGGCUCUUCUGUUUCUUGCAUCCUUGGCCACUUGUGCCAUCAUCCACCCUCAUGGCUAUUGUUAUAGCUGGUUUUGUGUGAAGGACUCUGCUUUCAUGCAUUGAUCAUAUUCUUCUGCUUCAUGUGUACAUAUGACAAUGGGCCUUUGCCACACAUGGUACUUUGGGAACAUUUAUUUAUUUUAUCCUUUAAACUGAUUUUUCUUUAUUCUUGAGAAUUCAUACAUCUCUACAAUGAAAAAUGAUAUUUACUGUUCCCCUUACCCACCCUAAUCCCCAGAUCUAUACCAGUAUACUCUCAAUAUCAUGUAUUCAUAGAAAAAUAACUCAUAGGUACAAUUAAUGCUGCCAUAUGAGCAUGAGUGUGACCUUUAUCUGCACCAUAGAAACCUUACUAGUGGUCACAUCUCCAAAGGAGAGUGACUCUGUCUUCCCCAGAAACUACCAACUACUAAUAGCUCUGGGGUAGGACCAGAAAGCAUCUUUUAUAGUUAGUUUCUUCUGUUAGAGUCCUAACAAGACUUACAUGUAGCAUCUGGUAUGCUCUUAAGUCCCUGAUGAUACUCGGCCCCUGACUGGUUGUAUAAAUUAGAGUUCUGUAAGAUGAUCUGUGUUCUGGACUUGCCUUAUUGUUUCCUGUUGUUAUUUCUGUACUGGCUCUAUUUCAUAUUUCCUGACUUGACUGAGAUUGAAUUUGGGGGCAAGAAUACAUAUUCUUAGUACAUCAUAUCACAAGGAUCCUUGUGACACAUUGGCCCAAAUUUUCUAGACUUGUCAAUGGGCUCAGAAUAUCUCAACCUGAGUACCCCAGUUGUCCUUCUUCAACCUUUUCUUUUUUUCUUGCUUUUUGAGAUAGGGUCUUGUUGUGGGAAAUAUUAAAAAAGAUCAGCAUACCCUGCCCCUUGCACCAGCAACUUUCUGCCCUAGCAGCCUGGCCAGCCAUGCACUGGUAGCCAAUGGCCAACCUGUUUUUAUCUCAUGGAGACUCUGACUCAGUACUCCAAAAUCUCUCCACCCAGCUGGCUAAGUUCCCACUGGCAGGUUGCUACCACACCAUCCCUGUGCUUUAAAUGCCCCAUGGCCUUGGUGGUCCAUCUCAGUCAAACCCACGCUUUGCCGCCAUACCUUUCUCUCUUGAACCUUAACAAGACAAUGCGUGAAGGAAAACACAACACAAACUUAGUUCAGAAAUGACAGUCACUCAGUCAUUGGGUUCAGCAACUAAAAUCCUAAUCUUGUAAGCCUUAUUAAAUCUAAAUCCUC